UUUUUUUUUUUUGUUAAUAUUGCGCACUAUGGCUGACGACUUGAAUCCCAAUAACAAGAGACUUCAUGAAGAAGAACCAGAUUUAAAAGAAGAAUCAGACGAUGAUAUUGGACCUGCUCUUCCCCCUCCUCCUGGUGAGGAAGUGCCAAAGAAGAGAAAGAAAACACUUGCUUAUGAAAGACUUUAUCUUGAACAUUUACCUGAAGCAGACAUGUACGAAAAGAGUUAUAUGCACCGUGAUAUCCUCAACCAAGUGGCCGUAACAAAGAACGAUUUUGUUGUGACAACCUCAGUAGAUGGUCAUUUAAAGUUCUGGAAGAAGACAGCAGCCGGUAUUGAAUUUGUCAAGCAUUAUAAAUCACACUUGUCUACUAUUGUAGAUAUCAGUCUAUCUGCAGACAAUGAACUAUUGGCUACUGUCUCUGAUGAUAUGGCAUUAAAAGUGUACGAUAUUACAAACUUUGAUAUGAUCAAUAUGAUCAAAUUGAAAUUCAAGCCAAAAGCAGUGUGUUGGAUUCACCAAAAGGGUCAAGCACAAGCACUUGUUGCCGUUUCGGAAGCAGGCAACUCGAAUAUUCAUAUUUACGAUGGUCGUUCUGAUGGAAAACCACUCCACACACUAUCUAAAAUGCACGCGAAGCCUGUUCAUCUUAUCGAAUUCAACUCGAGAUUCAAUACAGUUGUUUCUGUAGACGCACUCGGUAUGAUUGAAUACUGGUCACCCGAAGAACCUUUUAGUUUACCUGACAAUCUCGAUUUCGAACUAAAAUCACAGACAGAUCUAUACGAAUUUCGAAAAAAGAAAUCAGUACCAACCUGCUUGACUUUCUCGCCUGAUGGACUCAACUUUGUCACCAUGAGUUUCCCUGAUCGUCAAGUUAGACUAUUCAAGUUUUUGACGGGCAAAAAAUAUAGAGAAUACGAUGAAAGUCUUCAUGUGAUCAGUGAAAUGCAACAGGCUGGUACUUCUAGCUUGAAAUUAGACGAUAUGGAGUUUGGUAGACGUUUAGCUGUAGAAAAAGAACUCGAAAAAUCAAAUCAGGCCAAGUUUGUCAAUGCUGUGUUUGAUGAAACGGGCAAUUUCAUUAUCUAUGGUGCUUUGCUCGGUAUCAAAGUAGUCAAUACACUGACAAACAAGGUUGUGCGUAUUAUUGGUAAAUCAGAGUCCAAUCGUUUUGUGAAUAUGGGCUUAUACCAAGGUGCUCCUCGUAAGAAGGGCGUGUAUACACUAGCCAUGGCUGCCUCAGACAAUGCCGCCUUAAAAGAAAGCCAAGAAUUAGAUCCUACUUUGUUUUGUACAGCAUUCAACAAGAACAGAUUUUACAUGUUUACGCGUAGAGAACCCUUUGACCAUGGACAAAAGGGUAGUGAGCGUGAUGUAUUUAACGAAAAGCCUUCUCGAGAAGAACAAACAGUGGCAGCAACACAAGAACGCAAGCAAGUCCUUGGUACUUCUGCUAUCAUUCGUACAACUUCAGGUGAUAUUCAUAUGCGUCUCUUCCCUGAUGCAGCACCCAAAGCAGUCGAGAAUUUUAUUACUCAUUCCAAAAAUGGUUACUAUGACAACCUGAUUUUCCAUCGUAUCAUUAAGGGAUUCAUGAUUCAAACAGGUUGUCCAUUUGGUGAUGGUACGGGUGGUGAAUCUAUUUGGGGAGAUGAUUUUGAAGAUGAGUUUUCUCGAGACUAUCGACAUGAUCGUCCAUACACUGUCAGUAUGGCCAAUGCAGGUCCUAAUACAAAUGGAAGUCAGUUCUUUAUUACAGUUGCGCCUGCUACUUGGUUGGAUAAUAAGCACUCUGUGUUUGGUAGAGUGACAGCUGGUAUGGAUGUAGUGCAUAGUAUAGAACAUGUCAGAGUGGACAAGACAAAUAAGCCUUAUGAAGAUAUCAAGAUUCUCAAUAUUGAAAUUCGAUAAAUAAUAUUUAUUUAUU